AUGUCCACUUCUAGACCAGGCGAGCAUUUGACCAUCGGCUACCCGCCGCAGGCUCAACACCGCUCAACGUCGCCAACCAGUGCCUCGUCCAAUGACCCCCAGUCAGCUGCCGGCACCCUCCGGUCGCCUUUUGGGCUGUCCCCAGGCCUUACGCCUACCUCAAAGAUGUCGGGUGGUACACGCUCCGGCUCUGGCUCCCCUUCACACGAGAUGCCGGCGUCCGGGCGCCUGUUCUCCAAGCGUGCCAGAGAGAUCCAGGCACAGGAAGGGGUUCCGGGAUUGCCUCUAAAUCCCUGGGGCGGACCUCCGACGAGCGGAAACUCGACGCCGCUCCGCGAAAACAUUCCCGAAUCGCCCACCGAUGGGUUUCCCGACUUCACCCAGCUGCCUACUCCCGACAGUCUGCCGCAGACCCGCCGCGCCCGGGCUGGUACCCUACCUUCUAGGUUCUCACCCGGCGGUGCUGGCAAUGCCUUGCUAGGCAUACCAACCCUGGCCUCCAAGACCUCGCGGCCCAGCCCGUCGCAGACUCCAUUCAAGUCCCCGUCGCCGGGGCUCGAGGCGCCCAGCGACCUCCCUGGCGCGUCCGCUUUACUCUCGAGGCUGCGCGCCGGCUCGAUGCCCCAACGGAGCCCCUUUGCUCACGUGCCCGGCACCAGCUCGCCCUUUGGCCCUUCCAUCUUCAGCAGCUGGAAUCCUCCCGGUCGGGAGAGGGGCAACACCCUGGCCAGCAUUGCUAGUUUGGGGUCCAAUGGGCCUAGUUCCCCAGCCCAGUCUCACUUUUCUCGAGAGGGAACUGCCGAGAAUGAUGUUCAUAUGAGGACAUUGGAUUACCUUGGGCUAGCCGAGACGCCCCAGCCUCCGCGAGCCCAGCUUGCUACCCCAUACAUACCCCCGAACUUUGCCGAUUUCACUAGGGCUGCAAAUCGGUUCCGUUCCUACUCAGUCAACAACAAGGAUAAGUACGCGGAUGAGGAGGAUGAUGAGUUCGAUGCUGAGACCAUGUCCAUGAUGGAAAGCCAGUAUGCCCAGAUCCAAGACCAGCUUGCGGCAACAAAUGCUGCCAUUCAACAGCAUAACCUGGCUGUCCAGGCUUUUGUGAGCCAAGCAGCCGUCAACCGGCCCCGUGCAAGGACGGCUGGCGUCUUGGACACUCCCGGAUCCCGCAUGCUCCGCAACUAUUUCCCCACCCCUUCCCGACUUGACAGCUCCAUCACUGCCGCCGAGCUUCGGCUACCCGACGAGAAGGACUUUGAUGAGCUCCCGCAAGCCGUCGCCGGAAUGUCGCUGGGGAGGUCAAAUAGCCGCAACAAUGGCCUGUUGGGUGCGGAUGAGCAGGGUAUGGAAGGGCCCACUAGUGCCCUGUGGCUUGGCAGCAUUCCGACGUCCACUACCACGUCGACUCUUACAGAGAUGUUCAAGUCGUAUGGUCCUAUUGUCUCGGCUAGGGUUCUCACUCACAAAAACUGCGGCUUUGUGAACUUUGAGCGGGUCGACAGUGCAAUCGCAGCGAAGGCUAACUUGAACGGGAAGGAAAUCUUUCCUGGUGCCGGUCCAAUUCGCAUUAACUUUGCAAAGCCGCCUUCGAGCGCCGGCACUCCGGGUCAUGACAGCGCUGUUCCCUCGCCCAGCCCCGAUCCAUUCGCGAAAGGCCAUGAGAAUGGCCAAACGCCUGCUGCCGGCCAGUCUGGCGAUGCUGCGCCAGCGCCCAUUGCAGGCAAUGCCACCCCCACCGUGCCUCCCCUUCACGAGAUGAUGGGAGAUAUCCUGGACAUCGUCAAGCAGUUUGGGGCAACCGACGAGGACAGCUUCCGCAUCUCCAUGAGCUUGCAGAGAGCGAUACAGUAUAACACGUUCAUCGAUGAGAUCCCUCCCAUCAAGGAGCCUGCCCACACCAGGGUCCAUGACGCCCCGAAACUGCGCGAUAUUCGCAAGAGGAUCGACAAUCAAUCCUUGUCCCAGCAGGAGAUUGAGAAUAUUGCCAUUGAGAUGCUCCCCGAAAUCGCCGAGCUCUCAUCCGACUAUCUGGGCAACACAGUAGUGCAGAAGCUCUUCGAGCACUGCUCUGACAGCGUCCGGGACUCGAUGCUGGCCGAGAUUGCUCCACACAUGGCCGAGAUUGGUGUCCACAAGAAUGGCACUUGGGCUGCCCAGAAGAUCAUCGAUGUGUGCAAGACCCCGCACCAGAUGAGCCUUAUUGUGCAGCAUUUGCACCCCUAUACGAUUCCCCUGUUCCUCGACCAGUAUGGCAACUAUGUCCUGCAGGGAUGCUUGAAGUUCGGCAGUCCGUACAACGACUUUAUUUUUGAGACCAUGCUGAGCAGGAUGUGGGAGGUAGCUCAGGGACGCUACGGUGCUCGUGCCAUGCGGGCUUGUCUCGAGAGCCACCAUGCCAGUAAGGAUCAGCAGAGGAUGCUGGCGGCCGCGAUUGCCUUGCACAGCGUACAGCUGGCUACCAACGCAAACGGCGCCCUACUGCUUACCUGGUUCCUCGACACCUGCACGUUCCCGCAACGGCGUACAGUUCUAUCACCGCAGCUUGUCCCUUAUUUGGUCCACUUAUGCACGCACAAGGUCGCGUACCUGACGGUAUUGAAGGUAAUCAACCAGAAGGCAGAGCCGGAUGCAAGAGACACCAUUCUGAAAGCGCUGUUCUUCACCCCGAACGACCAAGUGUUGGAGGCAAUUUUGAGCGAUCAUGCUUGCGGCGCCACCCUGAUCUUCAAGGUACUGACGACCCCGUUCUUUGACGAGUCGAUCCGGAGCCAAGUGGUCGACAAUGUCAAGGCUGUCUUGAUCCGCAUCAAGGCACAGCCAGGGCAGGGCUAUAAGAGGCUGAUGGAUGAGGUGGGUUUGUCGACAAGGAGCGGCGGAGGUGGUGGGAACAGCAAUUCUCGGGACCAUGGAAACAGCUCUGAACGGCAACGCCCAACAUCUCGCCAAGCCACCCUCAGCUCUCAGCAGCAGCAGCAACAACAUGCUCAGCAACAGCAAGCUGCUCCAUACGGCGGCAACAGCAGCGCCCAGUAUUACAACCCUCUCAAUGCUGUUGCACCCGCAGCGAACUACGAGAUGGGCUUCACCAUUCCCCGGAGUGAAGGCGUCGACGCCGGCUUACCCCAGCAAUUCCCAGCGUUCGGCGCUCAAGCCCCUGUGUUCAACGCUUCCAAUCCGCCCAUGGGACCAGCCGCCCUUCAACACCUACAAUACCAGCAGAGCAUGAUGUCCCGCGGUGCGCCGCAGCUGAACAACUACUUCCCGCCCAUGCAGGCCGGAUACGGCGGUUUUCAGAACCCGAGCCCGUCAAUGGACCAAUACCGGAACCAGGCCCUUGCAAACGGCAGCCCCGUCCAGCCGCCUGGUGCCCAGCUCCCGAACAUGCCUCCGGCAAAUCAGGCCCCGUUCGCCCCGCCUGGGUUCAACAUGAACAUGGGCAUGGGCGGUGGAUUCGGCUAUAGUAACCCGGCAGGAGGAAUGCAGAAUCCAGCAUACAUGCCGGAGCAAGUCAAUCCGAGACGCGGACGAGCAGGUCGUAGCCCUCAGCCUGACCGGCAGCGACGGCAGUGA